UGCGCCGCCUCGUUGCUCACAGCACUGCUCAUUUGGCGGCGGCGGCACUUUAACUACUUCAAGGAGUUGGGCAUCCCGGGACCAAAACCAAACUUGAUCUGGGGAAACAUCAGAGAAUACCAUUCUAUGGAAAUUUACAAGGUUAUAGGAAAAUGGCUCGACAAGUACGGUGACGUGUUUGGGUUCUUCAAUGGAGAUGUGCCCAUUGUUGUAAUAAGAGACCUCGACUUUAUAGAAGACGUGUUCGUGCGCAACUUCCAGAACUUCGUGAAUCGAGGAAUCACAAUGAUGACAGACCAAAUGCAUCCAAUUAUGGGACAGUCGAUUCUGCACGUCGGCGGCUACAAAUGGAAGAAUAUUCGCGCGUCUGCCUCUCUCAGUCUGACUUCCAAAAAGCUGAAGAUGAUGAUGCCACGCAUCCAAGAAGACGUCGGCACCUUCGUCCAAGCGAUGAGGCAGUACGCCGACACGGGUAAAGAGGUGCAGAUGCUUCACAAGUUUGAGGAACUCUCCAUGGACUUGACGGCACGAGGGGCGUUUGGCAUCAACGAGCGCUUCGUGGGAAAGCCUGACCACCCGUUCAUAACCACGUCCAAGGCAGUAGCCAGGAAUAUCAUGACAGGUCCAUUCUACUAUAUCGGACAAUGUACAACAAGAUUCGGAGCUUUGAUGAAACCGCUAUAUUGGCUAUCCUUGAUUAUCGGGGAUUACUCGUUCGAUCCCCUCAAUGCCCAGACCAUGGCGGUGAUGAAUUUGAGAAAGAAUAAUCCUUCACUUCGCAGGCCCGACAUCUUGCAAAACCUUCUUGACGUCGAGUACGUUGAAGAGAACGAAAAUGAAGACGCUGGGGACAAAACAGCCAAAGGUAUCGUCAAGUCUAGGGCGCUGACCAAUGAAGAAGUGUUAAUCACUGCUUCAUCACUAUUUAUAGCUGGUUUCGAGACAACGGCAACGGCUCUGAGUUACAUGAUAUACGCCCUUGCAAAGCAUCAGGAUGUACAAGAAAAGGCUCGCAGGGAAGUGAUUGAUGCCGUCGGCACCAACGGAGAACUGGACUACGAGACCCUCACGAAGAAGUUGAAGUACACGAGAUCAGUGGUGGACGAAACGCUGCGCCUGUAUUCACCGGGACUAUCGUUUAUUACGCGGCAAGCCAAGGAAGAUUACGUAUACAACGGCGUGCAGUUUAAGGCGGGAACGUGUUUCAUGGUGCCGCAGUACCAAGUGCAGAGGGACCCGCGGUAUUGGCCCAAUCCAUUGGAAUUUAAACCCGAAAGGUACCUGUCGGAUAACGAAGCAGCCCUAAAGCAAACGGCAUACACAGCCUUCGGCGUUGGGCCUCGGCAAUGCUUGGGGACAAGGCUGGCAUUGCUGGAAAUGCGAUGUGUUGCGGGCAAGAUACUGCAGAAGUACCGCUUGGAACUGGGCCCAUCUCAGAAGACCAACGGAAACAAGAGACUCAAUCCCCUGCCUUGUGCAACUCAAGGAGACCGCAGACGAGAAUAUGUGGGUGACGGUGACCUUUCUUGCUCUCGUAUCUACGGCUACAAUUUGCCUGCUCAUAGCGAACUACUCUAUACCAUACCACAUGUACCAGCCAAAAAACCACAAUACUCCCCACCCCCCAAACGCAAGGCGGGGCAGUGGGAGAUGGGGCUCACCAGCUCGCCAUUGGAGGAGCUGAUCACCAGAGUCGAAAGUGCUGCCACCGCCGCUGGGGCCCUAGACUAUGGCGGUGGCGUCACUUUUCCUACUUCAAGAAGCUCGGCAUACCGGGCCCAAAGCCAAGCCUUAUCUGGGGAAACAUACGAGAAUACCAGUCAAAGGUACUACAAUGGUGACGUGCCGUUUGUGGCGCUGAAGGACCUUGACUUCAUCGAGUACGUCGGUGUCCGAAACUUCCAGAAUUUCAUGGACCGUGGUAUCAUUAUGGCCAUGGACUCGAAGCAUCCAAUCUUGGGCCGAUCCAUAAUGCACGAAAGUGCACCUCGCUGGAAAAGCGUCCGAAAUUCUGUGGCCUAUGGUUUCUCAACAACGAAGCUCAAGCUUAUGAUGCCCAGCAUUAAGGAAAAAGUGGACACGUUCUUGAAGUUAUUGGACGAGCACGCCGAUUCGGGCGAAGAAGUGAACGUGUUGUCGAAAUACGAGGAGCUCUCGAUGGAGUGCGUCACCCGAAGUCUGUUCGGGCUCGACGAGCACUUCCUCGGAAAGCCCGAUCACCCUCUCAUAGUCGUCGCCAAAGCAGCCUUUAGAGGCCUUAUGACGGGAUGCUUACACGUGAUUGCCCAGAGCACAACGACGUUCGGCUCGCUUAUGAAGCCUUUCUACUUCCUCGCGUAUGCUGCUGGAGAAUUCACCUUUCAGGAGCUAUCAGAUGAAACGGGAAAACUGGUGAACAUGAGAAGAAACAACCCAGCGUACAGAAGACAAGACAUGCUGCAAAAUCUUCUUGACGCGGAGUACACUGACGAGCCGACAGGCCUCUCAAGCACAGCUUUGCCAAAUGGUAAUUCCAAGACGCGGCCGCUGACUGUACAAGAAGUGGUUGUGAAUGCUGCUACACUAUUCGUUGCAGGGUUUGAAACAAUGGCUUCAGCUCUAAGCUACGUGACGUUUGCACUGGCAAAGCACCCGAAAAUUCAGGAGAAAGUCAGGAAGGAAGCGGCCGACGCUAUCUCAGCUUCGGGGUCACUGGAUUACAUGGUGGUAACGAGAAGACUGAAGUAUCUCAGUCAAGUAAUCGAUGAAGCGUUGCGUCGGUAUUCACCGGCUCCGACGUCCAUCACGAGGCAAGCGAAAGAGGACUUCGUCUACAACGGUACCAAAUUCAAAGCAGGAACAUGCUUCAUAAUUCCACAGUAUCAUCUUCACAUGGAGCCACGUUUCUGGCCCAAUCCUGAAGAAUUUGAUCCCGAAAGAUUCUCUCCGGAGAACUCGUCUGCGCUGAAAAAGUGUGCGCACGUACCCUUCGGAAUCGGACCACGCAACUGCGUCGGCAGGAGGAUGGCGCUCCUCCAGCUGAAGUACGCCGUGGCCAGGCUUGUGCUGAAGUAUCGAUUCGAGCUGGGCGCUUCGCAAGAGGGUACCAUGGACAUAGAGGAAUAUUGCUUUCUCUCUGCACCCACCAGAGGCCCAUGGAUUGUGUUUCAAAGGUUGUAACGCACUGCGUCGACAAAACUUUUCAGCCUUGUUAAGGCCAGCUAUACCCGG